AUGGUAAUUUCCACAAACUUUACUGACUCUGAAAGUUGGUCAAACAGAAGAAGUGGCCUGAUUAUCUCUCUAAUUUCUAUCAUCUUGGCCUUACUUACUCUAAUCACUGCUAUUGGCAACAUCUUCGUCAUUGUUGCCAUUUUAACAGAUCGUAUACUUCGGAAGGUUGGCAAUUAUUUAAUUCUGUCCCUAGCCGUGGCAGAUUUAAUGGUAGCUUGUCUUGUGAUGCCGUUAAGUGCUGUUUACGAGAUUAUGCAGGAAUGGCGGAUGGGUUCGAUACUGUGUGAAAUAUGGACAUCCUGUGACGUGUUGUGCUGCACGGCGUCCAUUCUCCAUCUACUGAUCAUCGCUUUUGACCGAUACAGAGCAGUCAUUCGCGUUGAUUAUGCUCGUCAAAGAAUCCCCAGGGACGUUGGACUUAUGAUUUUACUUGCCUGGAUCGUUGCCAUAGCAAUCUCUGUUCCCCCUAUCUUUGGAUGGAAAGACGAAGGCUUCCAGGAGCGAAUAGAAAGAGAGAAAAAAUGUUUGAUAAGUCAAGAUGUUGCUUAUCAAGUAUUCGCCACUUGCACCUCCUUUUACUUGCCCCUAGUGGUCAUUCUUGCCCUCUAUUGGCGGAUAUUUCAAGAGGCCCGCAGAAGAAUCCGCCACAAACCGGGAACCAAGAUUUCCCUUCAAGUAACAAAAUCUGAGUGUACUAAACAUUCAGAACCACCAAAAAACGAAGUUUCAACAGAAACAGAUUUGUCGAUUCCAACCUGUUCAACGGAUUCGAAUGCUGUCGGCAACAGUUCGAUCCUCACAAAGAACAAAGGGGUGAAAGACAAGUUCUUUCAUGUUGACAAAGUUCCGAAGAGGCAGGAAAGGGACCUAGAAUCAAAACGCGAGAAAAAAGCUGCGAAAACCCUCGCAAUAAUUACCGGUGUGUUUAUCGUGUGCUGGAUGCCUUUUUUUGUUCUAGCCUUUAUCAUGCCCAUUUGUAAUGCCUGUUAUCUGGACGACAGACUCUUCACUAUGUCACAGUGGUUGGGUUACACAAAUUCAAUGCUGAAUCCCAUAAUCUACACAAUCUUUAGCCCGGAUUUUCGUCAAGCUUUUAAGAAAAUACUUUGUGGUGCUACUCGAAGACUUAGAACCAAUUUAUAA